GAGGCCUGCAGGGGGCCGCCCCGCGCGGGGAUGGCGCCCUCGGGAGCAGGCAUCUCGGGGUCCAGAGCCUCGCAGGGUGCCAGAGCCAGUUGGGGAUGCGAUGCGUCCCUGUUCCCCCGACCCUUAGGCACAGGUUCUCAGGCCCCAGACCGGGAGUGUUCGGUUUGCCUGCCACGAAGGCCCCUACGCUCAGAAUUCAUGAAGGCCUGGAGAAAAGUUUGGGGAAAGAUUUAUCUACAUUUUGCUUAUAUACAACUGUAUCUCCCCCAUGUUUCCAAGGAGUGCAUCUUGAAGUCUUCUAGGAUCUCCAGAGUGAAACUCACUGUGGUCAAGACUCUAACUUGGAGGGACCAUGGAACAGUAUACAGCAAACAGCAAUAGUUCAACAGAGCAGAUUGUUGUACAGGCUGGACAGAUUCAGCAGCAGCAGCAGGGUGGUGUUACUGCUGUCCAGUUGCAGACUGAGGCCCAGGUGGCAUCCGCCUCAGGCCAGCAAGUCCAGACCCUCCAGGUAGUCCAGGGGCAGCCAUUAAUGGUACAAGUCAGUGGAGGCCAGUUAAUCACAUCAACUGGCCAACCCAUCAUGGUCCAGGCUGUUCCUGGUGGACAAGGUCAAACCAUCAUGCAAGUACCCGUAUCUGGGACACAGGGUUUGCAGCAGAUACAGUUGGUCCCACCUGGACAGAUCCAGAUCCAGGGUGGGCAGGCUGUGCAGGUACAGGGCCAGCAGGGCCAGACCCAGCAGAUCAUCAUCCAGCAGCCCCAGACAGCCGUCACUGCUGGCCAGACGCAGACGCAACAGCAGAUUGCUGUCCAGGGGCAGCAAGUGGCACAAACUGCCGAAGGGCAGACCAUCGUCUAUCAGCCAGUUAAUGCAGAUGGCACCAUUCUCCAGCAAGUUACAGUCCCUGUUUCAGGCAUGAUCACCAUCCCUGCAGCCAGUUUGGCAGGAGCACAGAUUGUUCAGACCGGAGCCAAUACCAACACAACCAGCAGUGGGCAAGGGACUGUCACUGUGACACUACCAGUGGCAGGCAAUGUGGUCAAUUCAGGAGGGAUGGUCAUGAUGGUACCUGGUGCUGGCUCUGUGCCUGCUAUCCAGAGAAUCCCUCUCCCUGGGGCAGAGAUGCUUGAAGAAGAGCCUCUCUAUGUGAAUGCCAAACAGUACCACCGUAUACUUAAGAGGAGGCAAGCCCGGGCUAAAUUAGAGGCAGAAGGGAAAAUUCCAAAGGAAAGAAGGAAAUACCUGCAUGAGUCUCGGCACCGUCACGCCAUGGCACGGAAGCGUGGUGAAGGUGGACGAUUUUUCUCUCCAAAGGAAAAAGAUAGUCCCCAUAUGCAGGAUCCAAAUCAAGCAGAUGAAGAGGCUAUGACACAGAUCAUCCGAGUGUCCUAACCCCAGGCCAUGUGAUGGAACUGAUCAAGGUCAUGUUCCUCGCACUGUUUCCCACUGUUCCAAGGAAACUGAUCAACUCUUCCAAUGGGACACUGACGAUUACAUUCUGCCCUUUUCUACAGGACAGAAACCACUUAGUUUUUAAUAAGUGGCUCAGUAUUAUAAUUGCAAGGAUGUCUGGCAAAUUGAAGUUGCAAGCCUUUGUCCCACCCUGUCAGUCAGGACUUAUUUCAGACUGUUGGUGACAUUGACAUUUCAUGGAUUGGGAUGAUGCAGGGGACCCAUGCCAGCCCAGCAGUACCACACCUAGCACUUAAUGUUGACUGGUAAUGCCAGCCAGCCAUCUCAGCAGAGGAGAACGACCUUCUCAACUUAAACGGCAGUCGGGGAAGCUGCAGCCCACUCCUUCCCAUGGAUUCCAAACAGCACCCAUCCCUCUGAUGGGGGAUCUCAGGCUGACUAAUGGACACUUCGUAUUCAGAGAUGGUUUCCAGGCAAGGAAGCUUCAUCUCAUGAUAUGGAAACAAUAAAUUCUCUGAGAUACAUUCAUCUAA